CAUCUUGUACGUCUCCAUCUUUGUCGAAGCUUUGGUUGGAUCAGAGGAUAGGAAAGGAGAUAGUCAAUAUGGUCCCUCCAAAUAAACAAAAGACUCGCUAUAAUGCGAAAGCAAGACAGUCAUUCGCUGGGACGACGCACAAGAAACGCAAGAAUGUUAAACCAAAAAGGAGUGAUGCAGAUGACAUUGAGGGCAGCAUGGACAUGGACGCCAGCGGAAGCAAUGCAGUGAUGAUUGAUCCAGAAGAGCAACGCAUAAAAUUGGAAGCAGACCGAAAAAGAAGAGAACUUUUAGCACGAUCACAAGAUCCCGAUGCAGCUGAAGGACCGAUAUCGUCAAAGAAACGAAAACGAUUAGACGCAUUCAUUGCACGUCAAUUAAAGAAGGAAAAGAGGCAGCAACUCAUUGCUGAUUUGGCAAAAUCAAGUGCUCAAGUUGGUGAUAGAUCUACUUUGAUGAGCGCUGCCACCCUGGGUACCGGUAAAGUACGAACAGGACAAGAGCGACUGGAUAUGGACCUGGCACGAGAGGAACGGUCAAGAUCAGAUCGUAAGGGCAAGUAUCUCGUAGUGAACGCAGACAGAGGAGAUCAAAGUGACGAUGAAGAUGCAUAUUUUGAUAAGGUGAACGAAAGAGGCUCAGAUGUAGAUGAAGACGAAGACGAGGGAGGAUUCGAGGACGUUGCAGUGAAAGAAGACGAUGAUCAUGAUGAAAGGCAAGCCCGUAUAGAUAGAGCUCGUGCAUUGUUUGCUCAGCCUUCAGCAUCUGCACAGCCUAUCCCAAACUCCUCCAAUGGAAUUUCAGCACCCAAGGAUGAACAAAAGGCCACAGUGGUAGGCUCAGCGCUUGCAUUGGGAAGUGAUGGCAAGCCUAUCAUACCCGUCAUGAAAAAGCGAAAGAAGCAAAUAAAGAAGCCUAUCGGCAGGCGCACAGCUUGGGGCAGGGUAGCCGCAGGACAAGAUGAAGACGACGACGAAAGUGACUUCGACAGUUCUGCUUCCUCCGACAUUGACUCAGACGAAGAUGAAGAAUUAUCCGAUGCAGUUGAUGCGGUAUCUGAAGAUGAAGUUUCUGGAUCGGAAGAUGAGUCUGCUUCUGAUCUCAGCGAUAGUGAAAUGGGAUCCGGGGACGAAACGGAUGAAGAAGAGCGUCAAAUACUCAUAGAAGCUAUGAGACAGAGAGGUAUGCUAGGAAAUCCCGAUCUCGGUCCGCCCACAAAAGAGGAUUAUGCUAAGGCAUCAGAUAACGAGGAGAAUAACGAAGAGCCAGGAGAAGCUUCUUUGCCAUUCUCCGCAUUCGAGGGUGAAGAUGAAGAUCAGGACUCAGGCGAGGAGAGUGACGAGGAGUCAGAAGAAGAUGAUGAGGAAGAGGGUGAAGAGCUAUCCAAGCGGAGAGGAUUGCCAAAGACAUCAAAAAGCAAAGGAUUCAAAGAAUGGGCCCUGACAGCACUUGGCAUGGAGGAAAAAGCCAACGGAAAAGACUCAGAGAAUGCAGAAGACGAUGGCGUAUAUCGCGGUCCAGAACCAGUUGGAGGUAUGACACAAAGAGUGGGAGACCUAGGAGAUGGGACAAUCCGAGGCCCUUUGGGUCAAGAUGAGCCGAUGCCUAGUCAAAUCGGUCCUUUUGCUCAGAGGCAUUAUCAGAUUUUGGAGGAGUGGCGUACAAAGACAGGCAAGAAGAACGACUUCAUUAAUGUGAACCGAUCGGAGGAGAUACAAGAGGCACGACUAAAAUUGCCCGUGGUUGCAGAGGAAGAAAGGAUCGUCCGUACUAUAAUGGAGAAUAUGGUGACCGUUUUGUGUGGUGAAACGGGAAGUGGUAAAACUACGCAAGUUCCGCAAUUCUUAUUUGAAGCUGGAUUUGGAAGUCCAGGUUCUGCUAAUCCUGGUUUGAUCGGUGUAACACAACCGAGAAGAGUGGCGGCUUUGAGUAUGGCUGCACGGGUAGGCCAUGAACUGAAUUUAGGACAAGAUAGAAUCUCACAUCAAAUUCGUUACGAUGCUACUGUCAGCCCUUCGACCAGUGUCAAAUUCAUGACAGAUGGUGUGUUGCUGAGAGAAUUAGCAAUUGAUUUCAUGCUGAACAAGUACAGUGCUGUCAUUAUUGAUGAAGCACACGAACGCAGCGUCAAUACGGAUGUUCUUAUUGGAGUUCUGAGCAGAGUAGCAAGACUCCGUGCCAAGAAAUGGAUCGCUGGAGAAGGAAAGCCAUUGCGGCUAGUCAUCAUGAGUGCUACUCUGCGAGUUGACGAUUUCGCCGGCAACGAACGUUUGUUUGACAUUCGACCUCCGAUUCUUCAAGUAGAAGCCAGACAGUUUCCGGUCACGACGCAUUUUAGCCGACGUACACAUCAUGAGUACGUUGAAGAGGCGAUCAAAAAAGCUAGCAAGAUUCAUGCCAGGCUGCCAAAUGGUGGAAUACUUAUCUUCAUGACUGGACAAGCAGAAAUCUCUACUGUCUGCCAACGAUUGCAAAAGAGAUUCGGUAAACAGGCUAUAGAAAAGAAGCUUCGCGACCGACGCAAAAUCAGCAAUAAAUCACGAUUGAGAGAUGCGGACGAUGAUGAGACUGGAACAGAAGACAAAGUCUUUGUUUCUGCCAAAGAUGUUGACAUUGAGGCAGAAGAUGUUGAUCUAUCGAUGAAUCCGAACGACAGAGCAGAGGAAGAAGCACGACUGUCUCUCGAGGAUGGCAACGCAGACGAAACAUUCGACGAUGAGGAGGCCUUAGAAACCGACGAUGAGGAGGCCUUAGAAACCGAUGAUGAAGAGGAACAAGAGUAUGAUGCGGAUUUGCCCGAAGAGCUUCGCGAUGACACCGACAAGCCAAUGCAUAUUCUUCCACUUUACUCCCUCUUGCCUUCAGAGAGGCAGAUGCAGGUGUUUGCACCGCCGCCAGAAGGAAGUCGUCUUGUAGUUGUCGCUACGAACAUUGCCGAAACAUCCCUCACAAUUCCAGGUAUCACUUACGUGGUGGAUUGCGGACGGGCAAAAGAACGUUUAUAUGAUGCUGUGAACGGCAUCCAAUCAUUCGAAGUGGGAUUCAUCAGCAAAGCAAGUGCUGAUCAACGUGCCGGUCGUGCUGGUCGUACUGGUCCAGGUCAUUGUUAUCGGUUGUACUCAAGCAAUGUGUAUGAGGAGCAUUUCCCUCAAUUUGCUCAACCAGAAAUCCUUCGAAUGCCAGUGGACAAUUUGGUACUUAUGAUGAAGAGUAUGAAUAUCGACAAUGUUGCCAAUUUCCCGUUUCCGACUGCUCCGGACAGGCAAGCGAUUCGAAGAGCGGAAAAGUUGCUGCUACGCUUAGGUGCAUUGGAGUCAGAUGGUUCAACUUCUGCUUCAGCAAGUCAGUACAAGGUCACAUCUUUGGGCAGAUCUAUGAGCUUGUUCCCGCUCAGUACUCGAUUGUCAAAGAUGCUGGUACAAGGCCAUCAGCAUGGAUGCUUGCCUUUUGUUGUUGCAUUGGUGUCUGCUUUGAGCGUUGGUGAUCCAUUCGUACGCGAAGAAUCGUUGCAUGAUCCUAUCGAAGGGCAAUCAGUUGCGGAAGAAGAGAUAGCAUUGGAAGCUCAAUACCUCGACAACGAAAGUGAGAAGGAGAAAGAGCAGAGGAGGGCAAAACGGAGCGCAUACUUUAAAGCUCUCAAUCGCUUUGCUGCAAUGAGUGGUGCAUUGAGCGAUCCGCUUCGUCUAUUGAGCGCUGUUGGUGCGUACGAACAUGCAGGAGGCACAUCCGAAUUCUGUCGAACAAACUUCCUUGUGCCAAAAACGAUGGAAGAAAUCCACAAACUUCGAAGUCAAAUUGCAACUUUAGUACAAGCCAAUGCGGCGAUCACAAUGGAUCUUUCUGCUUUGCGAUCACCCAAACUUGAUCCGCCUACGCAAAAGCAAUUGAACGUUCUGCGUCAGUUCCUUACUGCUGCUUUUAUUGAUCAAAUUGCCGUUCGAGCUGAUUUGUCUCCUGAAGGAGCGGCCAGAGUACCAAUGUUACAACAAGAAGGUGGACAAGGUGAUCAAACGAUUUCUCAUCAAUUCUACAAGCAAAGCAAACAAGGAGCAAAGAUGCAAUCAACACGUAAUGUUGCUUAUUUGGCAGCAGGCAUUCCUUCUGAAGCAUGUUUCAUACACAAGAGUAGCGUCUUGUUCCACCAAUCUCCUCCCGAAUGGAUCAUCUUUUCGCACAUCGUACGUGGACAGGCAAAAGGUGAUACACUUGAACGUAAAGGAAGAAAUUGGCUAAAGGGAGUUACUGUUAUUAAUCCGAACUGGGUGUACAAAUUAGGAUCAAGUCUUUGUUCUUUGUCCAAACCUAUCGAUACAGACCAAAGUGAUGGUCGAGCAAAGUUGAUUCGAGCAGCACAAGAUCUUAAGAAGAGGGCCGCUUCUGGUAAUGCUGAUUCGACUUCUGGCGUAAAUGAAAAGACUGUUUAUCUGGUGCCAUCGUACGGAACCGGACCAGCAUUUGAUGCAUCUGAACGUAAUUCGUAUGUAGGUUGGGAACUUCCGCCUCUCAUGGCAAAGCAGAGGUUAAUAAGGGGGAAAUGGGUCACCGAGAUGACCUAGAGCACGAGAUUGUGAUUGUAUUUGUAUGAUCCUUUUUUGGUUGGCCAUUUGUAUUAUUUUGCAUAGUCUAU